AUGUGGAGUGAAAAUAUUACAGAUGUCCUGAAGCAUGUGUGGUUCUUGUCAAAGUUAUUCCUCCUGUGUCCGAGAUCAAUAGACGAGAAAAUAAAACGUCAAGAACGCCACUCUUUUUAUAAAAUCUACAAGUACACAUACAACAUUGUGGCUGUCUCCCUGACAGCCUACAUGGUCUAUAUAACGACAAAUUUGCGAAUAACGCAAAAAUUGAGCAUUGUGACGCAGCUCGCCGACUUAAUAUUUAGUGCAAGUGCAAAUGCUUCAGGUGUGGCAACGGUGUUUUUCUGUCUGUUUUACCAAAACAAGCUCAUUGAAGUUAUAAGCAAAUUGCAUAAAUUGGACAACAAACUGAAACACAUGCUAAUAUGGAAGUCUUACAAGCGCACGCAAAUUUUCAUAACUUGUGAAUUAUUUUUCGUGAUCUUGUUAUGGAUCUCAUUUUUCCUAAACUUCAUGCUGCACUGCAACAACACGACGUGGAGGUGUUUAUACCGAUGGAUUGUAUUAUACACUCUAUCCAAAAUGUCACAAGUUAUGCUAAUCCAGUUUUGCGCGUUUGUUGUUGUCUUAAAGCAGAAGUUUUGUGUUGUCAACCAGUACAUAAAACAAGUCUGCAAACUGAACAAUGGACACUACAAGAAUUUUCUGAGCCAAGUGGAGAUCAUUCACAAUGAAAUACUUGUUACCCAUAAUGAGAUUCAAACGAUAUUUUCGGUUCCUUUGUUGAUGAAAAUAGCGAGUCAAUUCGUCGGCAUUUUUUGUUCGUUAUAUUUCUGCAUCUUCGGGUACAUAUACGACGACGAAAUGGUCGUCCCCCAGAAUUUCCACGACAUAUUCCUCCCCCUGCUCUGCAUACUCACAAAUACGCUCGAAAUUUUGAUAACAGUGACAGUAUGCGAACUCACAAUUUUGGAAUACAAGAGGACCAAAAAACUACUGUACCGGAUACCAGUCACUAAAACCGAUUCAAUGUUGAUAAGAAAUAUCAACUUAUUCUCCCUGCAACUUGCACACCAAAAACUGGAAUUCAGUGCUUGUGGCUUCUUUCUAAUCAACGGAACACUUCUGCACACAAUUGUGGGCGCAGUCACGGUUUAUUUAAUCAUGUUUAUCCAGUUCGAUAUAGCUACAACAACUAAAGGUGGUUAAAUAAACUGAUUUCAUCAAUAAAUUGUAUUUUACACUCAAUAAAGUUACAACUAAAGAAAAAA